AUGUCUAUCAACUAUGCGGCUUUCCUUGUUGGACACAAAAGAAAACCGCUUUGGGUCGGUGAAACUGAAGAUAGGUAUCCGGAUGAAAAUGAAAUCGUGGUCAAGAAUGCCGCAGUUGCCAUUAACCAGCUCGACUGGAAAAUGCAGGACAUGCCUUGGGUUAUGUUCAAGUAUCCGUUGGUUUUGGGUGUUGAUGUUGCGGGUGAAGUGGUUGACGUGGGCAGCAGCGUUACCCGAUUCCAUAUUGGCGAUCGAGUCCUCGGCCACGCCCUAAGUUUUGCAACGGAGGAUGAACGCCACGCAGGAUUCCAAAAUUACACUGUUCUCCUUUCGAACAUGGCAUCGCCUAUUCCGCCAUCCCUAUCUUUUGAAAGUGCAGCUGUACUUCCUUUGGGACUGUCCACCGCAUCGGCGGCAUUGUUUCACGAGGACGGCUUAAUGCUUCCCAAGCCCAGUUUGAACCCUGUCAAGACGUCUACAACUGUUCUAAUUUGGGGAGGAACGAGUAGUGUUGGUAGCAAUGCUAUACAGUUAGCAGUGGCUGCUGGGUGCGAUGUCAUUGUGACCGCAUCGUCUAAGAACUUCGAAGCCGUGAAGCGAUUGGGCGCAGAUUGGGCGGUGGAUUAUAACGACGGGUCCGUCAUCGAAAAGUUAAAGGAGGCAUUUCGAGGCAGGAAGCUGGCUGGUGCCCUGGAUACGAUUGGAACGGAAAAGACGUUUAAGCAGACUGCUGAAGCAGUCUCACAGAUCGAUGGGGUUAAAACUGUAGUCUCGACGAUCGAUGACUUUGAAGAUGCCUGGUUGCCUCCAGGUGUGACAGGGAACGCCAUCCUAGCAGUCAGUAUUCGGGGGCUAGAGGAUGAAGAUGAAAAGAAGAACGUAGGAAGAAUGGUCUAUGAGGAUUUCUUACCAGAUGCCCUUAAGGCGGGGAAGUACCGGAUAGCACCUGAUCCAUUAAUCGCCGGAAAGGGGCUUGGAGCUAUUCAGGCCGCUCUUGAAACUUCAAAGCGUACACCGGGAAAGAAGGUGGUGGUCAGUAUUUAG